AGUCCAUGGUGUUGUAACAAUCUGUAGUAGUACACUAGAGUACGACGGUGUGCGCUUAAUGCUUAUCACAAGAGCAACGUAAUGAUAAGGAUUUUUUUUACGUCGUUCCCUCCAGCUUGUUAUUUUUUUUUCGGAGUCAAAACUUACGACCGCGACAACAACAACAACAACUGCAAUAAUUUCAUUAUAAUAUCGCCGCCAUACUCGACGAACGAAUGUCUGGGCAUAUUUUUCCUUUCGUUCAUAAAUGUCGGUUUAUUCCGUCGUCGUUUCAGCACCGAUUGAAUUGAUUGCAAUGUGCAUUUGGUCGUCUACCAUACGAUCGCCGCCGCCGCCACUGCCGCUGCUGUCGUCGUCGCUGCUGCCGCCGCCGCCGCCGCCGCCGCAGCCGCUGUCGUCGUCGUCACAACAAUAAUACGCCGCAUCAAAAACACUACGACCCGUGCCCGUGUCCGUUGUUGAACGCGGGGCAUGGACACCUGACGACCGUUUCUGGACUUCCGAUCGACAACACCGCGGUGUUGUUAGCGCGGCAUCCCGCCUGUUAAUAUUCGAAUGGUGGACGCGUAGACAAUCCGACAAACUGGACAAGUUACCUGAGUAUCUCCGCGACACCGUGGACUGGUUUAUGGGGAAAGGUCGAAAGGCCAAAGACAAGGAAUCAUCAUGUAAUGAUGAUAACAAAUUGUAUUUGGAAGAAGCCGUAUUAGAAAAGAAGUUACCUGAUAUUGAUCUUAGGAUAUUAGUUGAAAUGCCAAAUGGAAUAGAUUUUAAUGAGUGGCUCGCUUCUCAUACAAUUUCAAUUUUUGACAACACCAACUUGAUUUAUGGAACUGUGUCAGAAUUCUGUACAAUUUCGGGAUGUCCUGAUAUGGUUGGGCCAAGUUAUAGAACAUAUUUGUGGUUUGACGAAAAAGGAAAAAAAUCUCGAGUUGCUGCUCCAUUAUACAUUGACUAUGUUAUGACGUUUGUUCAAAAAACUAUUAAUGAUGAGACAAUUUUUCCAACUAAAUAUGCUAAUGAAUUUCCAGUUGGCUUGGAGAUUGUAGUAAAAAAAAUUUUAAGAUUGUUGUUUCACGUUAUAGCACAUCUUUACCAUAGUCACUUUCGUGAGUUAGUACUACUAAAUUUGCAUACACAUUUAAAUUGUGUGUUUGCUCAUCUAUCAGUAUUUAACCAUCGUUAUCAAUUAAUUGAGCAACGUGAAACUGAAAUCCUACAAGAUCUAGUGGUAGCUCUAAAAAUUUUAGGUGAUGAUGAAGAAACAGCUACCGAAGUCAAUGAAUCUAUUGAUGAAUAUAAGGAUGUUAUAAACAAAGAACCAACCAUGUCUUUUGCAGAUCAACCUAUUAACAUGUUCCCUAAUCCUUCUCCUAUUAAUACACAGACUUUAGCUACUCAAAUUGAUAAUUUCUAGUCUAGUAAAUAAAAUGUUAUGAUGCAUUAAGUAUAUUUAUAUAGGUACUUGUAAUGCAUAUUAAAUAUGUAAUAUGUAUAAUUAUUCUGUACAUAGAAUUUCUCGUUAGAUAAUUUAGAAAAUACCAGUUGGCAGACAAUAAACUAAUAUCAAAGCUUUUAAAUCAACUUUAUUAUACUAAAAUACCAAUCUAAUAAAAUAUAUUUAUCUUUAAAAUAAAUAAUACAUUUUUAGUCACUAAAAAUGUUUUUAUACUCAUUUCUCACAAUAAUUCAUACAUUUUGUUUGGUUGGAUUCAAAUAGAUUUAAUCACAUUGAAUCCAUCGGUUCUUAUAUUCAAAUUAAUUAUUCAAAUAUUAUCUUUCAUAUUUAAAAUAAUUACAAGUUAUAUUAUCGAAGAAUUGUAUUUUAUAGACAUUGUUUGCCACUAUUCCUAAAAUUGUUUUUAAGUGUUUAGAAAAUAUUCUCCAAUUUACUAAUUCAUAGGUUUAGAUUGUUAACUAACUAAAAUAUUGGUUGAACGUCUAAAUUAAAGUUAUUUGAAUCCCUUUUUAUUUUGAA